CAAAUGAUGUCCAACGCGCUCCGGAUGACUGUGACAAGUGCUGGCGGACUUCUUAAACAGUCACCAUGCUCAGCAGCACGUGUAUUCACUACGGCUACGCAGGCUGUACCAGUGCAAAUGGAUCGACUACCCCCGCCUGAACCAGGUAUAUGCUGUGGACAGGGUUGUGCGAACUGUGUGUGGUUGGUGUACGCUAAUGAACUCAUCGAUUAUUAUCAUGGUGAAGAUUUCCACAAAGUAGCAAAGGAGAUUGAGAAGAAAGUAUCCGAUAUCAAUGUCCGAGCAUACGUUCUUAGCGAACUCCGAAUAAAAUGGAAGAAAGCUCAUUGAUAGCUCAACGAUAAGCAUCGGGUUACCUGGCCUCGUCUCUACUGUGAUAUGUUUUAGUCACGCUAACAACUUGUUUAUUAUAGUUGUAUUUUAUAAAAUGAGAACGAGUAGUGAGUGAAAAAUAGAGUGCUAUUUUUCUUAAUCUCUUAUGUAAACUACCUCAACUGUGCUGUUGAA